CACAUAUCGCGCCCCCGCGAAACCACACCACCGACUGCUCCUUCCUUCCUCCCCUUUACGUCGCCUGCUGCUCAAUUGGCAAGGCUUCUUCCCCCAAUUCCUGCUUUUUCACCACUCGCGAACUGUGCUAAAGCCCCGCUCUCCCAGCUCGCCCCACGACAGGCGACGAAACAAAGUGCUGCGCUCCGUUGCUCAACAGUCGCAAUUCUGCCCGCAGCUCGUCAACUCCGUCGAGCGCACCAUGGCUGGCUCCAGGGCUCCCUCUGGCAGCUUGCGCAACCAUGCCUCGACCGCCAGCAAGGCUUCCAAGGGCGGCGUGUUCGGCACUCAAGUCUCUGUGCCCCAGGUCAAGAAGAACACCUUCACAGGCGACGACAGCGAUAGCGACAGCGAUAGCUCUAGCAGCAGCUCCGAUUCCGAUUCCAGCGAUAUGAAGAACGUCAAGCAGACCCCCGUGGUCAGCAAGAAGGCGGAUCUCGCAAAGUCAACGCCCGCGAAAAGCCCGACGGUCAACGGCCUGAAGGCGUCUAUCAAGAAGGAGCAGCCCAGCAAGAAUAUCAAGAAGGAACCCACCAGCUCUUCAGGAUCCUCUGAGAGCGGCAGCAGCAGCGGAAGUGACAGUGAAAGUGGCAGUGAAAGUGACGGCUCAUCUAGCGACAGCGACGAGAAACCCAAGAAGGCGCCCGCAAAAGUCGAGGAGGCCAAGAAGGGCACCAAGCCCAAGCCGGAGCCCAAAGCUGCUCCCACCAGUGACUCGCAGACCUCUACCUCCAGCGAAAGCACAGGCGAGAAGGCCAAGAAGUUCGCAGCCAAAACCGACAAGAAGCAGGAGACGCCAUCGAAAGCCAAGGCGAAUGCUGUGAAGCAGGCAACUCCGUCCGAGUCCGAGUCUGAGUCCGAGUCCGAGUCUGAGUCCGAGUCCGAGUCUGGAUCCAGCUCGGGCUCCAGCUCAGGAGAAGGUUCAACUGAGAGUGGGAGCGAAAGUGGAAGUGACAGCGGCAGUGAGAGCGGGAGCGACGAGGAGAGUGAGGAAAGCGAGGAUCAUGAGGCUCAGAUCCAGCAGCAACUCAAAGACGACGUCAAGUCUGCAAAGGCCACCAAGUCCAAGGCCCCGGUUUUGACCUCGAGCGCUGAGCCAAGCAACAAGAAGAUCAAGACCUCGCAACCAACUGCUGUGGAAGAUGCCGACGGCGACAUCGAGAUGACCGACCAAUCGACCGCCCUAACUAAUGGCGGCGCUUCCACCAAGGUUGGCUCCGUUCCAGAGUUUGUGGCGCCCGACUUCCAUUUGCGCAAGCUCGAUGGCAGCAUUGGUGCUUCUGACGUCGCCGCCUUCUUCGAGAAGUCCAAGACGGAGGGCAAGCAGAUCUGGUACAUCACUGCGCCAGCUUCUCUUCCUGUUACUGUAGUACAGGACUUGACGAUCCCGAUGGAUUCAGCUCAGAAGGGCCUGCCCGUCCUCUCCCACAACGGAGACGAUUACCGUUUGGCCUUUGAUGAUCCUGCGGCUGCUUCGUCAUUCAGACUACUCAUCCCAAACAAGAAAGGACAUGAGUACUCGGAGCUUGGCCGCCGUGUUGAUCAGACUCUGCAUUUUACUCGCAGCGAGACAUUCAUACCCGAUGGCCCAUCGAGCAUGACCACAACUCAGACAGUCUCCAAGACUACGAGACCAGCUCGGCCUCAACCGGAAGGACUUCGUGCUAGAUACACUCCUCUGGGCGUGCCGGCCUCCAAGAAACCCCUGAAUCCCCAGGCGAGCCCUGAGAAGAACAAGUCUGUUGCAAACGUUGCUGCUCAAGAGGCAGCAGCAGUCAGCACACCCAAAUCAAGCUCCAAGAAGAAGCGCAAGCAUGACGGUGAGAACGGGCCUGUGGCAACCCCUGUCACCAAGGAACCCAGCAAGAGUGCCAGCGCUGAGAAGACCGCAAAGAAACAGAAGACAGGCAACAGAAAUGAUGAGCACGCCGCCGACGGAAGUUCCGGACGGAAGGAGACCCCGCUGCCUCCAAGACAGACCCCCAUUCCGAUCCCAUUGCCGAUCAAGUUCACCGGUGCUGCGGGCACGCCCAGUGCGAAGGCGCGAGAAGGCAAAGACAAGAAGGACAAGCCGAAACUGCCCAGUGUCGGCCAGGUGGCUGCACGGUACAGCGAGAUGGCCGCGGCGAGAUCGCCCAAGUCAGAAACUUCCCCCCGGAAAAUCGCCAAAGCUUCCAAGAGGAACAAGGCUACCCUUUCUCCCCCAUGGCGUUGUCGGAAUCGUUGCCUUCCCCGGGUUGGCCUCACAGGAGAGGCUGACUGCACCGGAAUCGAUAGCUCCCGUAGUGAGCCAGUAUCUGAAUUAUUGCAACCGAACGAUAGUGCACCCACCCUACGCCGUGCGGAUGCGCCUCCCGAUAGGCUUGAAAACCUUCGAGAUCCAGGCGAGUCCUCGGGCUACUUGUGUCGACGAUCAGCCGCGCCGUCGGGAGCGAUGCCUUCCAGCAUUGUCUGUGCCGCACGAGGCUGA